AUGUUUCCGUCACGCAUUCUCCUGGUUCUUGCUUUGACAGCGUUUGUCACACUUCACGCAUUCAGUGCUGAAACGAAAUGUAACUGCUGUAGAAUCGUCCUCGGUGACGUGAAAGAAACAUUGCCCAAGCUCACCGAGAAAGUUGAAACUGUCCUGGACGUUGCCAUCAAGAACGCUUGCCAACGCUAUGUAACGAUACAACCAUUCGAAGAGAUCUGUGAGUUCAUCGAGCAGAAACUCUUACAAGCGCUCUUCAACUGGAUCGAAAAGAAGGAAGGAGAGAUCGAUCCGGAGGUGGACUGCGAGUACAUGAGGUUAUGCCCACGUCCCAAAGCAUUCGAAGUGCUUCUUAGAGCACUUAAAGUGCCUGAUGUUCCAGCUUAUUGA